AUGAACAUCGACGUCGGCAACUUGGUCAAGAAAGCUGUCCCCGAGUCCGAGGGCCGCAACGUCAGAGUCCUGUCAGAAAACUCCAAGUCGGCCGAUUUCCGCGAUGGCAACUUUCUGUCACGCGACUUCCCCCGCUCCGCGCCCAAGCUGUACAUCACGGGCGAGGAUGAUGACUUUGACGAGUUGACCAUCAAGGAGUGGCGGGACGAGGGAUUCGACGUCGAGUACUUCUCCGUCCAGAGCUGUGGCGCCGACGGGUACAUUGAGAAACUCAAGGACUUGAGCAGGGAGAAGAUGGAGCCCUGCGCCAAGUUUGGCAUCGUGGCGUAUGACAGCGCCGCAACAAUGUGUCUGGCACACUACCACAUCAUGGACAACAAUCCCGAGUUCAAGCUCGGCCUGCUCAUUGCCUACUACCCGACCGCACUCCCCGAUCCAGAGGGUAGGUUCCCCAAUGCCAUCAGCACGCUCGUCCAUCUCACCGCGGGUGCCGAGAUUGGCAUCACGAAGCAGUCGCAGAUGGUAGGGAUCCAGGGCAAGCGUCGCACCAAGAAGAAGAGGGUCGAUCCCGGGGCCGGUACGGGGGGCAAGCUACAACUCGCGUACCCGAGUUACACCUACCACGCCGAGCCGGGCUUUGCGGAGCACGACGUGGAGGAGUUUGACGGCAUCUGCGCCGAGAUUGCUUGGAGUCGCAGUCUGUCGGCGGCGCGCAAGGUGUUUGGCAUCGACCCGGAUCUCGAGGUCGUCCUAGAGAGCAACCUGCAGAGCAAGUUCUUCACAAACGACAUUGACAAGGCCGUCGAGGCGUACACGACGCACAAGACGCCGCAUGUCACAAACAUCCCCAACCUGACGGGUGGUAUCGGCGUCGAGGACCUCAGGGCCUACUAUGCCACAGCGUUCACCAACCCGCCCAGCACAAAAGUAACUCUCCUGUCUCGCACCAUUGGGGUGGAUCGCGUGGUCGACGAGAUGCACAUUCGCUUCAAACACACGCAGGAAGUGCCCUGGAUGCUGCCCGGUGUGCCGGCGACCAACAAAAAGGUGGAGAUCCUCGUGGUGAGCAUCGUCGCGCUCAAGGGCGGCAAGCUGUAUCAGGAGCACGUGUACUGGGACCAAGCCAGUGUCCUGAUGCAGAUCGGUCUGCUGGACCCAAAGCUUCUCCCCCAGACUGCAAAGGAUCUUGGGGUGGACAGGCUGCCGGUCGUCGGCCGCAAGGCGGCGCGCAGGAUCCUGAGAGAGUUUGAUAGCGACGAGAACGAGUAA